AUGGCGCCUAAGGGCAAGCGCCUUCCUGGCGCCGAAUUCACUUGGGAUGCAGACCCUGGUGGUGUACCAGACACAGCUCCGACUCCCCUCUACCCACAAAAUCUUACACACUACUCUGAGCAGGCAUAUACCGUCCCGUGGACCCGAAAAUUGUCAUCUAAAGAACAAAAAGAGGUCGAUCACUACCGACACCACCGCGAACGCGAUCAAGAAGGCCCGCACUACUCGGUCCUAGAUUCCUCCUCUUCAUCGGCCAAGAAGGGUACUGCUGCGCGCGUCAAUUUUGAUCCAUUCACGGGCAUGCCGUCUUAUGCCGGACGAUACCAGAAGAAGCGGCGGACGCUCCCACACAUUGAUCCCACUGGAGGGCCUUACGAAUUCAUUAUGAAAUAUUUCCCUCGCGAACUUUGGCAAACUAUUCAACCAAGCUUCCGACCAGACGUCGACAUGGAUGGGUAUAAACCCAUGGCGGGCAGUGCCGGUAUGAAGCGUGGAUUCGAGGACGACGAAGAUGACGGUGAUGACGAGACUAAAAAGAAACGUGCGAAUGGCGAGGGCGAUGAGGAGGGAGACGGUGACGAGGAGGGUGAUCUUCUUGAUGAGGAGGAAGGACAGGAAGAAUGGGAAGAGGAGAACGACUUUGAGGAUGACGAGGAUGAGAUGGGCGGUGAUUACAAUGCGGAGCAGUACUUCGAUGGUGGUGAUGAUGACUAUGGAGACGACGACGGCGGUGACGGUGGUGGUGAGGAUGUGCUCUGA